AUGAGCGGAGGAGGAGGCUCAUCUGGACAGAACUUCUGCUCCAGUAAUGCGGGCUUCUCCGGAACACCGCUAUGGAAGCUGAAACAGCAGGGCCAACUGCCGAAUCAAUGGAGAGAGCACGAGGAGGCGAAAGAGCUCCAGGCCAAGGAGCUGCGAGAAGAGGAGGAGGCCGCUGCGACACUGCGCGUGGUCGUGGAUGCCGUCAGCCUGGGGAGGGUGGAUCUCAACCUAGUUCGCCACCUUGUCGUCAAGGACCUGAGGAAGGUGGCCGCCAGAUCCAAGAUUGUCUUGCCCACCACGGGUCUCUUCGAGAACAAAGCUCCACUGCAGCUCUUUGCUUUGUUUGACGGCCAGUCUGCAGCUGAGGGGCCUGGCCCCAUGGCGGCCGAGUGCUGCGCCAAAACACUGCUGCCAAAGCUGCUGCGGAACAUGUCCGCCAUACCACAGGGCUAUGAGAACGCCACCUUCAUCAAGGCGUGCUUGAAGAAGGCUUUCGAGGACCUAGACAAGGAAGUUCUGCGAAAUCAGCCCUCCGUGUCAGACGGCUGUGGCGGUGCAGUGGCACUGUUGGUGGGUGAGAAGCUCUUCACAGCAGUCUGCGGCGCUUGUGAGCUUACCUUGCUCGAAGCGGGCGCGCGGAAAGGCAACAAGCAGGACAUGUGCAAGGCGGUGAACAUGGGGGCUCACCAGGGCAACUUCAAGGUUCCCGAGGAUCAGAAGUUCCUCCAAGACAAUGGUGGGAUGGUCUUCCCUGGGGAAGGCGGCAAGCUGAUGACCAGCAAUCCGCAGGGCGCGACCACGGCGGUCUCCAGGUCGAUUGGGGACCGGGCAUGGAAGGGAUCCAUGGGAGGCAUGCCUGGUAGCCUCAAGCUCUUGCGAAGCGUUCCAGAAACCAAACAUACGGACAUCUCCUGGGCAGACCGGCAUAUUGCCUUGGUGCUGAGCUCCACGCCUGUGCCGGCGGCCAUGCCCAGCCCACAGGUUGCCCUGACUGUGUCCGACUUCGAGUACAAGCCUCGGGCGGCUAGCGGCGAAAUCGCCAACCGUGCAGCACUGGCGCCACAGAACGCCAACGCGCAAUGCACAACCAUCGUGGUGUACUUCGUCCCCAAGGACGACCGCGGUGUCGUCGAGCCGGCCGCCAAGAGAGCCAAGAAGGAAGCUGAAAGCGUGCGCCUGCGGCACAUCGUUGCUCUUUGGCGGAGUAUGAAAACGGAAGAGGGGUGGUAG